AAAAGGAAACUGCUUUAUUAUAACAAUGCCACUCAGUUCUUUGAACUCCUUCUGAAAUGCAUGCCAAAAAUUACAUAGUAAUAUAUCACAAAAAAUCACUUUUAAUCAUGUAUCAGUUGACACUUGAUUAGAUCGUCCUUCAAUUUUGUUGAAAGCAAAGAACUGGAAACCACUCAGCUUACAAAAAAAUUUCUUACCCAUUCAAUAAUGUCAUUCACUCUCUCAACAUUGAUACCAAUAUUUCAAAUUGUCCCUUCAUUUAGCCCACUGGAGGUUUUUAAAUUCCAAAGCAAUGAAAUCUUACAGUGUAAUGUAAUAUUCAGGAUGAGUGAGAGGUAUAGUUUUACUUUUUUAAUAAAAAGAAGGGCUAUUGUGGGCUUCCCUGGUGGCGCAGUGGUUAAGAAUCCGCCUGCCAAUGCAAGGGACACGGGUUCCAGCCCUGAUCCGGGAAGAUCCCACAUGCCUCAGAGCAGCUGAGCCUGUGCGCCACAACUACUGAGCCUGCGCUCUAGAGCCCGUGAGCCACAACUACUGAAGCCCGCGCGCCUCCAGCCAGUGUUCCGCAACAAGAGAAGCCACCGCAACGAGAAGCCCGCGCACCGCAACGAAGAGUAGCUAGCCCCCGCUCGCUGCAACUAGAGAAAGCCUGUGUGCAGCAACGAGGACCCAACGCAUCCAAAAAUAACUAAAUAAAAAAAUUUAUUAAAAAAAAUAAAAGAAGGGCUAUUGUGAAAAGAUAACCUGCAGGAAGCCUCGACUGCUGGCUUAUUUCCAGGCAGAGCAGCUCUGGGAAAGAUUAAACAUUAUGCUGGACAUCUGGAAACUGAUACUCUUAAAACUAUCCAUGUCCGUGUAACCCUUGGAAAGUUUUUAUGUACAGAUGCCAUAGUCUGAAGAUCAAUAGUUUAACUGCUACCCUUUGGAGAAGCCCAAAUGUGGAAAAAAAAAAAGGAGGGAGAGAAUGGUAUCAAGAGGGAAAAAAGGUUAUUUUAGGCUGGGACAGUGUAUUGGUUGUCUAUUGCUGCAUAACAAUUUUUUUUAUUCCAAAAUUUAGUAGCUUAAAACAAUAAACAUUUAUUGUCUUGCAUGGUUUCUGAGGGUCAAGAAUCUGAGAGCAGCUCAUCUGGAUGAUUCUGGCUGAGGGUCUCUCAUGAGGCCUGAUGACCACUUUCUGUUGGUCCUCCUUAUGCCUGCAUAAUGCUUCCAACUCUCUUUGCUAACCUGCUCGCCAGCCUGGCUCACCUGUGCCUUCAUGAUAUAAUAAUAAUUUUUAAAAAGAUAGUAAGUGUUGACAGGGAUGUGGAGAAGUCAGAGCCUUCAUACAAUGCUGGUAGGAAUGUAAAAUGGUACAGCCACUUCGGAAAACAGUUUGGCAAUUCUUCAGAACGUUAAACAGAGUUACCAUUUGACCCAACAAUCCCACUCCUAGGUAUAUACCCAAGGGAGAUGAAAACAUAUAUGCACACAAACACUCGUACACAAAUAUUUUAGCAGCAUUAUUUAUAAUAGCCAAAAGGUGAAAUCAACCUAAAUGAAAUGGGAAACAGUGCAAAUCACCUGAUGAAUAAACAAAAUAUGAUAUAUCCAUACAAUAGAAUAUUAUUCAGCCCUAAGAAGAAAUGAAGUACUGACAUGUGCUACAAUCUGGAUGAACCUUGAAAACAUUAUGCUAAGAAAGAAGCUGGUCACAAAAGACCACAUAUCAUACAAUUCCAUUUAUAUGAAAUGUCCAAACAGGAAAAUCAGUAGAGACAGAAAAUAGAUUCGUGGUUGCUUAGGGCUAGUGGAAAUGAGGGAGUGUGGGUGGUGAUAGCUAACGGAUGCAGAGUCUCUUUUUGAGGUAAGGAAAAUGGUCUAAAAUUGACUGUGGUGAUCAUUGCUCAUUUUUGUGACUAUACUAAAAAACCAUUGACUUAUACACUUUAAACAGGUGAGUUGUAUGUUAUGUGAGUUAUGUAUCAGUUGAACUAUUACCAAAAACUAAUAUAACAUAAUGGCAGUUCUGUGCCGAGAAGCAAGCAAGGACUUUAUAGUCCAACAGAUAGUGUUCAUCAAGGUCCUCCAAGAAGCAGGCACCAGAUGGCAUUAGAUAUGCAAUAAUUUGAUUAGGGGAAACUCUUGUAUGAGAUAAAAAGGGGAGGAAGAUGGGAAAGGCUGAGAGAGCUGUCAGACCAUGAUGCAAGUCUGACCCCGAGUGAAGGAGAGAAGGAAGGAGGGUUUUGAGGAAUCAUCCUAACCUGCCAUGUCCUCUAAAAAAGGUUUGGCAAGACUGUCAAGGAGUCCUCCAGCCAAGAUUUGCCUCCAGAGUAGUUUUGUGUCAAUCAGAAAUGGAUCUGCCUUAGUGUCUCUGCUAUACUUUGUCAUUGGAUGGAAGACGCCCACGGGAAGCAUGUCCUCCGUGCAAAUGUGACGAUGGCUUUCGGAGUGUAGCCAAAGCCCCUGGUCAGUUGGAUAUCUAUGGCCUCUAUAGUUGGAUAUCUGCAAGGCACAGUCUUAUGGCCACCACACACACUAAGGUUCAAAUCCCAGUUCAACAACGAACUAGCCAUUGACCUUGCAUAAGAUACCCUCUCGGAGCCACUGUUUCCUGAUCUGUAAAAUGGGGAUAACGGUAGUGCCUACCACAUAGAAGAAUGUAUAUAAACUGCCUAGCACAGGGACUUCCCUGGUGGUCCAGGGCUUAAAUGCAUGGGGUGCAGGUGUGAACGCUGGUCUGGGAACUAAGAUCCCACAUGCUGCGUGGCCAAAAAAAAAAAAAAAAAAAAAAAGCUAAAAAAUAAAAUAAAGUAAAAUAAACUGCCUAUCAAAGAAAAAGCAUACAGUAAGUGCUCAAUAUGUAGUAGCUACUACUAAUAUUGUAUUUACUGCUACUAUUAUUUCUUUCUAGAUUUUGUGUACCUCCAUUAAAAUAGUGGACCUCAUAGUCUAUACAUAAUGAGUACUGUUUAUUUUACUUAGUAUCAUAUAGUAAGUCUUUUUCCAAGCUAUCACUUGCUCUCCCUAAUAUUUUAAAGGCUACAUUAUAUUCUACAGGGUGUACAUAUCCUACUUUACUUAAUCAUUCUCCUAAUCAUUAGGGUUUUACAAUUUUUUUUGGCUACUAUAAAAAAGGUUUUGGUGGACAUUUUUAUAUAGAAAUAAUUUUUUCUGCUGUAUUUGAGAUUUUUUCCUUAGGGUCCUGGAAGAGGACUGUUAGGUUAAAGAGUGUGAACAUUUUUUUUUUUUUUGCGGUACACGGGCCUCUUACUGUUGUGGCCUCUCCCGUUGCAGAGCACAGGCUCCAGACGUGCAGGCUCAGCAGCCAUGGCUCACGGGCCUAGCCACUCCACGGCAUGUGGGAUCUUCCCAGACCGGGGCACGAACCCGUGUCCCCUGCGUCGGCAGGCGGACUCUCAACCACUGCGCCACCAGGGAAGCCCGAGUGUGAACAUCUUUAAGGCUCUUGAUCCAUGCUGUCACACUUGUUUUCCAGAAAGGUGGAGCCAUGCAUAUUCUAACCAACAACAUGUAAGAGUACUCACUUCACUGGACCCUUACCCAGCCUUGGGUAUCAAAAGGCAAAAUGGCAUUGACUUAUUUGUUCUCUGUUACUCAUAAGGAUGAACUAUUUUCCAAAUGUUUUUGUACAGGUAAUACUAUAUGCAAAAGAAAUUAUUUUGUAAAUUCUCAUUGCUCAGUAACCUACUGAGAUUUUUCUUUUCAAUUAAUUCAUAUAAUUUGUUUAAUAAUAAUUGCCUGAAACACUUCCUAUUAUUUUGCCUUUUGAGAUUUUUAGGUUUUUUCAGUGUAUAGAGGUCAUUUGUUAGUCAAAUCAAAUUAUGUUUUUUUUUUUCAUAAUUUCUCCUGUCUCUUUUAAGCUUAGGAAGCCCAUCCUCCUGUAGAAAGCAAACCUUUCUUUACAGAUUGUUUAAAGUGAAACUACAACUGAGCUGCUCAGAUUUUUUUUUUUAAUUGUGAAUAAGUUGAGCCCAAUCUAACGACCAUCUACUGCAACGACCUUCUCAUAAAUGGGGUUUUGUGUUCUAGGAUCCAGGGUAUCCACUAAGAACGGUCCAGGAAGAAUCCUGCUUGUGCAGAAGUGCUGCCCAGAGCUACGAUGGAGGGGGAGGCCGGGGAGGCACCAGGGCUGGGCAGGCCCGCUGCUUCCAAGGACUUCCACUUUCAUCACAUGGAUCUGUAUGACUCUGAAGACAGACUGCAGAUCUUCCCAGAAGAAGACACUCAGAUGAGAAGAGAAGUAGUUCAAGCCGAAAUGACCAAUAAGUCAAGAGAGCCCAUGAAAGGGAAGGCUCAGAGAGACCUUGAAGAGGAAGUGGAUGAACUUGUCCAUCUAUAUGGACUUGAAGAUGAUCACGAAUUAGGGGAUGAGUUUACUGACAAAAGCACGCCCAGAAUAGAGGUUUCAGAAUAUCCUCCUUAUAUGAUGACAGGGAGAGAGCCACUGAGGGAGCAGAGAGACUGGAGACUUAGUGGCGAGGCUGUUAAGGCUGAGGACCUGGGCUUCGGGGCAUGGGGAUCAGCAGGCCAGUGCCAGGACUUGCGGGAAGCCUAUAGGUACACCCACGGCCAUGCCAGUGAGGAGUAUGAGUGCUACGUUAUCCCAGAGGAGGAGGACGAGGAAGAAGCUGCCGAUGUCUUCUGUGUCACUUGCAAAACUCCAAUAAGAGCCUCGGAGAAGGUUUUUGAUGAACACAAGGAGCAUGAGGUGACCCCGCUCAGUAAAGCACUGGAAAGUGCCAAGGAUGAAAUUCACAAAAACAUGCACAAAUUGGAAAAGCAGAUUAUCGAGAUGGAAAAUUUUGCAAGUCACUUGGAGGAGGUUUUCAUCACUGUGGAGGAGAAUUUUGGAAGACAAGAAAAAAACUUUGAGUCACAUUACAAUGAGAUCUUGGAAACACUUGCUCAAAAAUACGAAGAAAAAAUACAAGCUCUAGGGGAGAAAAAGAAAGAGAAGCUGGAAGCCUUGUAUGGACAGCUGGUCAGCUGUGGAGAAAAUCUUGAAACCUGCAAAGAACUGAUGGAAACAAUAGAGGAGAUGUGUCAUGAAGAGAAAGUUGAUUUCAUUAAGGAUGCUGUGGCUAUGGCUGACAGACUUGGAAAAUUCCUGAAAACAAAAACAGAUGUGGAAAUCUCGGCGCAGCCUGAAUUUGAAGACCAGACCUUGGACUUCUCUGAGGUGGAGGAGCUUAUGGGCUCCAUUAACACCAUCCCAGCUCCUUCUGCUCCAGUGAUAAACCCACAGGCCCCCAACUCAGCCACAGGUUCCUCAGUCCGAGUGUGCUGGAGCUUAUACUCCGAUGACACCGUGGAGAGCUAUCAGCUAUCCUACUGGCCAGUGCAGGAAAGCUCGUCUGGGAAGGACCGAGCAGAGUUUACGAUGACGGUUAAAGAAACAUAUUGCUCAGUGACAAACCUUGUGCCAAAUACCCAGUAUGAAUUUUUGGUCACAGCUCAGAACAGGGCUGGCCUCAGCCCCGCCAGUGAGUGUGCAGUGUACAUAACAGCACCUUGUCCUCCCAUUAUGAAAAGCAAAGAGAUAAGGAGCUGUGAAGAGGCUGCGCUGAUCUGCUGGGAGUCUGGGAACCUGAAUCCUGUGGACUCAUACACGGUGGAGUUGACUCAGGCAGAAACGCCGGGAGCCUCGGGCGUAACUGAGUCUGUUGUGGGUAUCCCCACCUGCGAGUGUCUGGUGCAGCUACAGCCCUGGCAGAGCUACACCAUCUACGUGCGAGCCCUCAACGUGGGGGGCCCCAGCGCAAGGAGCGAGGCUGCUACAGUCCACACCACAGGCAGCUACUUUCGCCUGAACGAGCACACCUGCCAUCCCUGGCUGACCGUUUCUGAAGAUGGGCUUACAGUGGUACGAAGUGAGAGGAAAGCCCCCACCAGGGAGCCGCUCCCCAGCGACACCUGCUUUACCAGGUGUGUUGCUGUCAUGGGAAACCUAAUUCCAGUCCGAGGGCGCCAUUACUGGGAGGUGGAGGUGGAUGAGUGUUUGGAUUACACGGUGGGUGUGGCCUUUGAAGAUGUCCCUAAACAGGAAGACCUGGGAGCAAACCGCCUCUCCUGGUGCAUGAGGCACACAUUUGCAUCAUCAAGGCAUAAGUACGAAUUUCUACACAACAAGACGACUCCAGAUAUAAGGAUAACAGUUUCCCCAAGGAAGAUUGGCAUUCUAUUAGACUAUGAAAAUUCAAAAUUGUCAUUUUUCAACGUGGACAUUUCUCAGCAUCUGUACACGUUCCGUUGUCAGCUUCACCAAUUUGUGCAUCCCUGUUUUUCUCUGGAAAAGCCUGGAUGUCUAAAGAUACACAAUGGCAUUUCAAUGCCAAAGCGUGUCACUUUCUAUUAGACCAUUCUGAUGCCCAGCUUCCUGUCUCUCUUCCGUACCUACCCCUCUCCCAGCCACUCACGCCUCAGCUGCCUGAACUUGGCAUUCAAGCACCAUGCACCCAGCUCAUCAUUUAUGGUUCAUGUUAUCUGCCAGACUGGUGUGCUGGCAUUCAUUUCACCUGACUUGGAUCCUGUGUGCUGCCACCUGUGUGAGGCUAGGUUAGUCAGUUCGGGUUGUAAAAUGAAGGCUCAGACUAAAUGAACUCAAAGGUCUUUCAGGUUGUCAAACUGUAUUGGUCUAUCUGUGUAUAUGCAAAGUAGCUGAGUCCCCAAGGCCUACAGAGCUUGGGGGAGAAGGAGAGAAGAGAUACAUAAGUGUUAGUGGCUCCAGCUGCCCCAGCACUUGUGACAUUUCAUUAGUCAGCCAAGAACAGGCGUAAGAAGGCAGGAGGCCACCCACAAAGAGAACCAGGGAAGCCACGUGCCGUGCUCAGCAGCCUUCUCCUCUCCUGUUUUCCCAGUAGUCAGUGGCACUCCGGUGAGGUUUCUCCCACCGAACACUGCUUCUAAAAACCUGCUCUUCUCCUUCAUGGUACUUACCCUCUUUAAUUUUGUAAUGAUCUUUGUAACACCUAAUUCCAUGAAGGCAGGACAGUAUCUGUCUUGUUCAUCACUCAAUCCCCAAGGGCUAACACGUGCACACCAAAUAUCUGUUUCAUCCAGCCACUGCUCUUCGGCCUCUCACUGCUCUCCAUAUGAGGGCUGGCAGGGCUUGUUCAAACUAUAGCAGAAGA